GGGCUCCAGGAGUUGGUUUGUGUUGUGCCUUGCGGUCGCGGCGUUGGGCAUUUCGGUUGAUAAAUGCUUGGUUGAUGAGGGUGAUAAAAUGGCUUGUGGCGACCCGACGUUAAGCAGAGCCGGUUGCGAGGCUCGUAAUUGCUGUUUUUCUCGAAGCGGCAGCUGGCGCUGUUAUUAUGGAAAUGAUGUGACUGUCCAGUGCACCAGGGAUGGCCAGUUUGUGGUGGUCGUGUCCAGGAAUGCCACCAGCCCUCAGCUGAGCCUGGAUUCAGUCAGCCUUGACUCCUACUACAGUGACCUGGACUACCCUGUGACCAAGGUGCUGCGGGAUCCUGUGUAUGUGGAGGUCCACAUCUUGAACAGGACUGACCCCAACAUUGUCCUGACCCUGGGGGACUGCUGGGCCACUUCCACUCCCAGUCCUCUCAGCCAGUCCCGCUGGAGCCUUCUGGUUGCUGGGUGUCCCUACGGAGGUGACAACUACCAGACCACCUUGAUCCCUGUGGGUGGCUCCUCAGGGCUGCCGUACCCAACGCACUACCAGCGCUUCAUGCUUCGGAUGUUCACUUUUGUGGAUCCUGCCUCUCAGGUUCCUCUGAUGGAGAAGGUGUUCAUCCACUGUAGUGCGGCAGUGUGCCAGCCGACUGCUACUGACCGCUGUGUGCCCAUGUGUGGCAGGAGGCGAAGAGCUGUUGCUACAAUCCCAAUGGAUACCUCCAAAGAAACUGUUCUGGUCUCCAGUGGGGAAGUGAUCUUGAUUGACCUUGAACUUCCAGCUGUGGAUAAAAUGGAAUCCCAGUUUGAAGGGUCCCAGUAUGUCAGCUAUGGAUUACUGGCAGUGGCUGUUGCUGUUGUGCUUGUCAUCUCUGCUCUCAUUACUGUAGCUGUGCGGAGAACCAGAUCUCGGGUAUUAACAAUAACGCUGUCAGGUGGUGCAGCUGCAGAGUAAUAGAACAGAAUCUGAAUGCUUGGUCUGUUUUUCUGGUUUUGUCUGAAUUAAAAAAAACCAACACAUGCUUUCUUUUGCU